CAACUUAUUUUAUAUCUUAAAUUUGGUAUGAUGCCUGUGCACUGUCUAAAAAUGGAAAGUUGUUUCCUUUUUCUUAGUUAACCAUCAACUUCACACAGCAUAUAAUGGAGAAGAGCUAUAUUUUGCUCAUCUGCCAAAGUGGCCCACAAAGUGGGGUUAUUCCAACACUGCAUUCCAUGAACGUCAUAUAAAACACCGUUGAAGCAGGAUACUUAUAAAGUACAGCUUUAAAAGAACUUUUGCACAUGUCAAAGGAAAGUACUUUUUAUAUGUGAGCUACAUGGGAAAGGAGUGUAUAUUUGAAGAAUGUUGGAAGAAAUAUAGUUAUUGUUUAGUGAAAGAUCUUGGACGCCACAGCAUUAAUACUUGGCUACUGUGCUCCUUCUGUAAUAUACGAAAAUACAGAAGUGAAAAGUAAAAUUAAAGAAACUAAAAUUAUCUGUUACACUUUCACCAGUUAAUUAUUUUAUGUGACUACUUCUGAUGAAGCAACAGUAUGUCCUCCUGCUGCUGCUAUUGGGAACUCUCAAAGAUGAGUGCGUCUUCUGAGUUUUUACAUGCCUCGUAUGCAAGGUCAAUAUCCAGCUACUCCACAUUGCCAAUGGUCUGGGGUCUGCAGGAAUGGUCAUGAUUGUAGGUAGUCUAAGUAGGGUGUAGGGAUCAUCUUCAUCCAAUCUGGCCAAUUUUAUUGGUAGGUUUUUUUUGAUUAAGGGUUGCCACCAGGAUCAUCAGUUACGUAUAAAUAUUAAUCCCCUUAAUUACAUUGUUUAUUUGUUCUUACUAAAAGGGCCAUGCCCAUAUUUGUGAGUACGGUUUGAUUUUUCAUAUUAUUGUUUACCUUUCAUGAGGUUUAGUUGCUGACCCAACUGACAUUUGAUGUUGGUGUGUCUUUGAUGGCUGUAACAGCGUUCGUAUUCAGAAGGCUGCUGCACAUACUUCUCAGGUGUCAUUGAUAUCCCGGUAUGCCCUUUCAUGGUUGCAGCAUCCUUAGUUGGGUGGCCCCGGCAAGCAUGUCUGAAGGGGUCAUUGUUUACCCGGAAUACCCUUCUGGAGACCAAAUGGGUGUGGUGUUCGGUCUUAUUUUCCUUGAUCUGUACAAAAUUUGGAUAUGUUCAGUGGGAGCAUGUUCUGUACAUGUACUGAGAAUAUCUGCGUAGGAAAGAACUUCAGAUGCUGGUUUGAAUCGAAAACAUGCUGGAGUAACUCAGCGGGACAGACAGCAUCUCUGGAGAGAAGGAAUGGGUGAUGCUUCGGGUCGAGAUGCGUCUGAAGAAGGUUCUCGACCCGAAUCGUCACCCAUUCCUUCUCUCCAGAGAUGCUGCCUGUUCCGUUGAGUUACUCCAGCAUUUUAUGUCUACUGAGAGUAUCUAUUGUCAACCGAUUUGUAAAGCUGGAGACAUAUUUGGCAAAUGUCUUGUAUCUGCUGAUCUUAAGAUACUUCAUAAGAUAUUCAUCCACUUUCCUCUGGCCCCUUUAACAAAGCCAAAGUAAUUGACCUCUUGUCCUUUUGACUUUUCUCUGUCCUGUUCUGUUAGAUGGUUAUAUUUUUCACUUCUUUCUUUCUAUGCCUUGGUGAGACACUGGUCACUAUUCUUGAAUCUGAUUGUCAUGUCUACCACAGCUGCCAUCAUUUCCUUUGCAAAUAUUAGGUGUGUCUUCCACAAUGCACCAUCAUCAAAUCUAAAUGAGGUUUCACAACAGUCAACCAACCAUAUUUGCCUGCCUUUUCUGUCAGGCACUCUGUGAUCAUUUUGCAUUGUUUGAUUUUUGCAUUCUUGAUGCUUAGGCACCAACCAGAGAUAUGUUCUAUCUAGUGUCUCAUUGGACACUUCACAUCUUCUGCACAUUUUGAUAUGUUGUGUCCUUGCAGGUGUGAUGUCCAGCCGUUAUUGUACACCAUCCAUGUGUUUUAUGAACUUUUAUCCUCACAAGUCUUUUAUCCUAUAUCUUUGGCAAAUUAGACUUACCAAUUUUUAUUACUCUAGACCUCUCCAGUUCCAAUAGAUGUUGGAUGGGGUUCUGUCUUCCUUUGUCUGAGGUUGGAUCUGCUAUGGGGCCUCUUUGUCUUGCCUUCGUGGUAUACUUUUCUUCUGGAAUUCUUCAAUUUCUUUAAGAACAUCCAGCGAUUUCAAUUACUCCACCUGGGUAAUAUUUUUCUUUCUUGCCAUUUGGAACACGCUUCAAUAACUUUCACAUCAGACUGUUCCAAGGAUAAUCUUUCCCUGAUGACAACUGAUGGUAUUUGAACCUCUAGUUUGGGCAGGAACAGUCCCUUGAAUAGAUGAUCCCAUCCUUCGUCUCAUUUGGCAGGUGGAGGAUCUCUCUUACCGUUUUCUUUAUGAGAGUAAGGUGGAAGUACACUCUUGGGACCUUGUGGGCUCUAAUGAUCUAAACUUUCUAUUAUGGUUCAACUCUGUGCUUGAGGCUGUCAAACUAUUAAUCAAGCUUUGAGUAGCAGUUUUCUUUGGUUACUCCUCACAGGGGUUGAUCAUGCGGAAAGAUAUUUAUCGAUCUCCCCUGGUUUGAUAUAUAUGAUUGAACCCUUGUUAAUAAUCCAGUUCUUCAACGCAUUGUCGACAAAUGGCUUUCUCCUGUUCGCUCACCAUAUGGAAACCCUUGGUCUUUUUCACAUUUACCUCCAAGCUGGUGCCCAGGAAAAAAGACUGCAGGAUUUUCAUGUUUUCUGUCAUUCCAGUGUCAGAUUCCCUCAGGAUUGCAAUGUCAUUGCGAAGGCAUGAGCCGCACAGCUGUUAUAUGCUGUUCUCCUCCUUUCAUCCACACUCAUUUUUCCUUUUCCUAGAGCGUACAAAUUAGAGGAUCCAUCGCUAUGUUAAAGACAUUGGAUUCCCUUGUUUGAUGCCUCUUAUAAUAAGUGUGGGCUCUGUUCCCUCCUUGCUAACCAACCACCAUGAUUGUACCAGUGUAUAGAUCUUCAAUGAGAUUAUGAACCUUUCUAGUGAAUUCAACAGCAAUCUGACAAAAUCAAAUGCUUUAGACAUGUCUCUGUGUACCUAGCAAUUGCUACAUAUUGAUCUAAAGGUUAUUAAAAUUUAGAGCACCAAAUAUCAUUUUUCCAGUUUGCAUAUUUAUUAGUGAAUGCUUUUCAGUAUAUAACAAUUUAUAAAGUCUUAAAUUUGCUUGACAUUUGAAAUGGACUGCUUUAACGGGGUCACAUUGAACUAGGAUGGUUGAGCUGUAGCAAACCUCCAUGGUUAUAGGACUGUUUAAGGUUUAAAUUGUUCACUGUACAAAUGAUGUAUUUUGUACAUUGUGUAUAUCAGAAUAUCACUUUGAUAGAUAUUGUAAGAAAUGGCAAAGUUUGAACACGAGGAUUGCAAAAUAGUUUGUAUAAUGAAAAUAAAUGUGUUAAAGCCAUAAUGCAAUUGAAAUGUUUUGAAAGGAAAUUCUUAAUUUCUGCUUUGCAUUUGAAAUGAACUUCGUGGAGUGAUUUGGAAAUCCUGGUAUAGUAUAGUUGAUUUCUGGAUUUAAAUUACACAUUUUGAUUAAAGCAGAAGUGUCUUGAUACAACUGUCAAUGCAGUGCAAUUCGGAAGAACCAGAUCUACAAUGGAAUUUGGCUAUAAUCAAACUUCUUAUUCCACUUUAUUGGUAUUUUGUUGAUCUCUCUCCAUUACUAAAAGCAAUUGUAAGGUGGAAGAAAAUAUCUUCAUAUUUAAAAAGCUGUUGAGGUUGUAUCCAUUACACCAACAGAUUGCAUUUGCAAUAAACUUACUAUGUUUAAUAGUCAAUAAAUGCUGACCAUAUGGGAAGUUGUGUUGUGCUGAAAGUACUUCCUGACUGAACAGGAAGAUGCUAUUGCAAACCAUCAACUUGUACAGACACACGGCACAGAAGCAGGCCCUUUAGCUCAUGUAAUCCACACAGACCGUCAACUACCCAUGCUCGCAAUUCCAUGGAGCCGACCUUACACAUUGAUGGGGAGAAGGCUCCUGAUGCAAUGUGGGUGCAGAUUAGGGAAAGCUUCACGGCGACUGGCCACGCCGCCGGCAGAUGCGUGUUGAGUAGGUGGGGCGGCGCCUUGACGUGAGGGCUUCGGCACGUACAAUGUUGUGACAGAAAGUUGCCAGGUCGGGCAGCAACAGCGGCCGCACAAAGGAGCCAGCGUUGGGAAACACAAUGUGCGGAAUUUUUGCCUACCUGAACUACCUUGUUCCACGGACAAGAAGGGAAAUCAUUGAAAUCUUAUUCAAAGGGCUUCAAAGACUUGAAUACCGAGGUUAUGAUUCAGCAGGUAUUGGAAUUGAUGGAGGAAAUAACAAGGAUCGGAGCGACAAAGGGAAACAGAUCUGUAUCAUUAAAAGAAAUGGUAAAAUCAAGUUAUUGGAAGAGGAAGUAAGCAAACAAGAGGAUAUUGACUUUGAUGUUGAAUAUGAAACACAUUUUGCUGCUGCUCAUAUUCGCUGGGCAACGCAUGGUGUUCCUAAUAUAGUCAACGCUCACCCACAGAGGUCGGAUAAAGACAAUGAGUUCAUCGUUAUUCAUAAUGGCAUCAUUACCAACCACAAGAUUCUGCAGAAGUUCCUGGAAAGCCAAGGCUACGGGUUUGAGUCAGAGACCGAUACCGAGUCUAUUGCCAAGCUGAUCAAAUACGUCUACGACAACAGUGAGAAUGAGGAGAUCAGCUUUGCCACUUUGGUGGAGAGAGUUAUCCAGCAACUGGAAGGUGCUUUUGCCUUGGUGUUCAAGAGUGUCCACUUCCCAGGACAAGCCGUCUGCACCAGACGGGGAAGCCCUAUGAUGAUUGGUGUGAAGAGUGAACAUAAGUUUUCAACAGAUCAUAUACCUGUUCUCUAUCGCACCUGCAAAGAAUUGAAGCCAAGCAGUCCCUUGCCCCGCACUGAAGCUUCUACAUCGUUGUACCCUGUUGGGGAAGAAAAAUCAGUGGAGUACUACUUUGCAUCUGAUGCCAGUGCAAUCAUAGAGCACACAAACCAAGCGAUCUUCCUGGAGGAUGAUGAUGUGGCGGCAGUAGUGGAUGGAUGUCUCUCUAUUCACCGUGUCGAGCGCACAGCGAGUGACUGCUCAGCGAGGGGUAUUCAGAUACUGCAGGUGGAGCUUCAACAGAUGAUGAAGGGAAGCUAUAGCUCCUUCAUGCAGAAAGAAAUCUUCGAGCAGCCAGAAUCGGUGGUGAACACAAUGAGAGGACGAGUCAAUUUUGCGGACAACACAGUGAUCCUUGGAGGAUUAAAAGAUUUAAUUAAAGAUAUCAGAAGAUGCAGACGUUUGCUAAUUAUUGCCUGUGGAACCAGCUACCAUUCUGGACUGGCGACCCGGCAAAUCCUCGAGGAGCUGACCGAGCUGCCGGUCAUGGUGGAACUCUCCAGCGAUUUCCUGGAUCGCAGUACGCCCGUCUACCGAGACGAUGUCUGCAUUUUCCUCAGCCAGUCAGGUGAAACUGGAGACACGUUAAUGGCCUUGAGGUACUGCAAAGGGAGACGGGCCCUGACUGUGGGCAUCACCAACACAGUUGGCAGCUCCAUCUCCCGCGAGACGGACUGUGGCGUUCACGUCAAUGCUGGACCAGAGAUUGGUGUGGCCAGCACAAAGGUCUACAGCAGCCAGUUUGUGGCCCUGAUAAUGUUUGCCCUCAUGAUGUCAGAAGACCGGAUAUCCAUGCAGAAAAGGCGGAAGGAGAUCAUUCAGGGGCUCCAGUCUCUGCCAGACCAGAUAAAGGAAGUUCUAAACUUGGACGAGCAGAUCCAGAAAUUAGCCAGUGACCUGUACCAGCAGAAGUCUGUGCUUAUCAUGGGCCGUGGUUACCAUUAUGCCACAUGCCUGGAGGGGGCGCUGAAAAUUAAGGAAAUCACCUUCAUGCACUCGGAAGGGAUCCUGGCGGGGGAGUUGAAGCAUGGCGCCCUGGCGCUGGUCGAUCACCGGAUGCCCAUCAUCAUGAUCGUCAUGCAGGACCUCAUCUAUGCCAAGUGUCAGAACGCAUUGCAGCAGGUGGUGGCUCGCCAGGGUCGGCCUAUCCUGAUCUGUGGCAAGGACGAUGAGGAGACUAUGAAGAACGCCUACCGAGCCAUCCAGGUUCCCCACACAGUCGACUGCCUGCAGGGAAUCCUCAGCGUCAUCCCCCUUCAGCUCCUGGCGUUCCAUCUCGCCGUCCUUCGGGGCUACGAUGUGGACGACAACAAGAGGUUGAGGAAGAUCGAGGCCGAUUACGUGGCCAUGUGAGGCGCCACGCCUAUCGCGGGGACGGAGACCAACCGGCAGCUUUCUGGGAGCUCUCCUCAUCUACGAAGCGGGUGGUGGUGGUGGCGGAACAGUGUAAAGUCAAGCAUGCAAGUCCCACUCUUCAUUGGGACCAUUAGAUAACGCAAUACCUUGUUCAAGGAAGCACGUGGAUUUACCAUGUUAAACAUUAUUUGGGCCAUCACUCAAUCGCGCAUGUGGGCUGGAGGUGUGGUCCCAACACUUGGUAGAAACAAACUCUGGGGCAAACCUCACUGAGACCCUCACUGGUAGGUGCAUUCCCUCUGCAUCAUGCCCAGCUGUUUCUCUCUCUGUCUCUCUCUCUGUCUCUCUUUCUCUCUCUCUCUCUCUGUCUCUCUCUCUCUCUCUCUCUCUCUCUCUCUCCCUGUCUCU